ACUCCCAGGAGCGAGCAACUCUGAAGCAAAGCGCCGACCCCCUCCUCGUAAGGUGGAGAUUGACCUGAGUUCACCAGGGCUGGCUGUGUUGGAACUGGAACGACUCCUGUUCACUGGGAAAGCCAUCAACAGCCAUGCAGACGAAGUAUGGCCCAGACUUUACGUUGGAGACCAGGACAGUGCUACGAAUGUCCGCCAGUUGGCCAACCAUCAUGUCACCCACGUCUUGAAUGCAAACCACAGUAAACGGAGAGACGGUGCGGAGACUUACCUGGGAAUGAACAUCAAAUACUUUGGCAUCGAGGCUCAUGACUCCUGUAACUUUGACAUGAGUGUCAACUUCCAGACUGCAGCAGACUUCAUCCACAGGGCCCUCAGUGGAGGAGGUAUAGUGCUGGUGCACUGUGCAGUGGGGGUGAGUCGUUCAGCCACCCUGGUUCUUGCCUACCUGAUGCUGAGACAGAACCUGACCUUGGUGGAUGCCAUCUGCGCCGUGAAGGACAACCGCGGUGUGAUCCCCAACAGAGGCUUCCUCCGACAACUCAUCAACCUGGACACCAAACUGUAUGGCCACCUCCGCAACACUACCUACAUCUAGAAGACUGAUUAUAUCAGCUUCUAUUCUAUUCUCUUUCGUCUAUUUGAGCAGUGGGUCACAAACCUUUUCUUUUUUGGGAAACAUUUCUAAAAAAAGAAUCAUACUGUGACACUUUCUGUAUUUUCAAAGUUCUAUAUCUUGAAAAUGUAUUUGCUGACAUGCAAAACAUUUUGGUACUGUACCAGCAGUGGACUAAUGAAACAAAUACCAAAAUAUAGUUUGAGUGUAAUUUUCCUUUAAAUUGGUGAAGGCUAUGUGGGAGACUUGCAUUCUAGUUCCCAGUAUUCAAAGUUUAGCUGUAUUCCAUGUUCUGCUUUUCCUAGCAGUGUCUGGCUGUAGAAUUAUUUUUACAUACCUCCCUUUAGAGAUAAGACCGCUGAUCGUUUGGAGGUCAAACUUGAUAAACCUGUCUUAUUGGCAAAUAAGUGGCAAUAUUAUGUAGCCUACUGUAACUUAAGCUUGUGCUGUACACAUUUUCGGCAACAUACAUUUGUUUAUUGAGUAUUUUGUAUGUUUCAAGCUGAUAUGAGUAUGAAAUUACUAUGACAUAUUAAAGUAUGUGUGUAUACAUUUUCCUAGUA